GUUCUCUGUUUGUCUAGGUUGGUUGCAUGUUAUGUUCACUGACUGUUUGGUGUCCAGUUUUGGGUUGGACAUAUUUAUUUUCGCCUGUCGUUUUUGGCGUUACUUUUGGAUACCGUAAUAAAGUUCGGUUUUCCCCAUUAUUCCUCUGCGCCUGACUCCGCACCCACCACUUCUAGCUGUGUGACAAGAUGACUGGAGCCGCUGUGUCCUUGUGUUUAUUCUUCCUCAUAUCUUUCUGUUCAGCCUGCUACAUCUCCAACUGUCCCAUCGGGGGCAAGAGGUCCRUCAUGGACUCUCCACAACGCAAGUGCAUGUUGUGUGGGCCAGGGGAGCAGGGCCGCUGCUUCGGCCCCAGUAUCUGCUGUGGGGAAGGGCUGGGCUGCUGGAUGGGCUCCCCAGAGACGGCACGCUGCAUGGAGGAGAACUACCUGCCCACCCCCUGUCAGGCAGGAGGGAGACCCUGUGGAUCUGAAGCAGGAUGCUGCGCCGCACCAAGCAUCUGUUGUGACUCAGAGGGCUGCAGUGCGGACCAAUCCUGUCUGGCAGAAGAGGAAGGCGACAAUCAAAUCAGCCAAUCAGAGGGCAGCGAUGACAUCCUCAUCAGGCUCCUUCACUUGGCUGGCCACACCCCUCCUCAUCGAGUCCACCAAUGUGAUGCCAGGGUUCCAUGGGGGACACUUGAGAGAUUUGUUGUUAGGAUUUGUAGUUCAAAGUAACCUAGUUGUAGUUCAUCGAUCAAUUCAUCUAUUUCACCUACCCACCCAUUUACUGGCAUUCUUCUUCAGUUUAUAGGCAACCUCACUGGAUUGGACCCUGAGCACUCCUCUGUAGA